AAAUCUACUCUGAAGAAGAAGUUCCAGUGUGUGUUUGAGGGGAUCUCUAAAGCAGGAAACCCAACCCUUCUGAAUCAGAUCUACACAGAGCUCUACAUCACAGAGGGAGGGACUGGAGAGGUCAAUGAUGAACAUGAGGUCAGACAGAUUGAAACAGCAUCCAGGAAACCAGCCAGACCAGAAACAAGCAUCAGACAAGAAGACAUCUUUAAAGCUUCACCUGGAAGAGACGGACCAAUCAGAACAGUGAUGACAAAGGGAGUGGCUGGCAUUGGGAAAACAGUCUUAACACAGAAGUUGACUCUGGACUGGGCUGAAGACAAAGCCAACCAGGACAUACACUUCACAUUUCCAUUCACGUUCAGAGAGCUGAAUGUGCUGAAAGAGAAAAAGUUCAGCUUGGUGGAACUUGUUCAUCACUUCUUUACUGAAACCAAAGAAGCAGGACUCUGCAGGUUUGAAGAGGUCCAGGUUCUGUUCAUCUUUGAUGGUCUGGAUGAGUGUCGACUUCCUCUGGACUUCCACAACACUGAGAUCCUGACUGAUGUUACAGAGUCCACCUCAGUGGAUGUGCUGCUGACAAACCUCAUCAGGGGGAAACUGCUUCCCUCUGCUCGCCUCUGGAUAACCACACGACCUGCAGCAGCCAAUCAGAUCCCUCCUCAGUGUGUUGACAUGGUGACAGAGGUCAGAGGGUUCACUGACCCACAGAAGGAGGAGUACUUCAGGAAGAGGUUCAGAGAGGAGGAGCAGGUCAGAAGGAUCAUCUCCCACAUCAAGACUUCACGAAGCCUCCACAUCAUGUGCCACAUCCCGGUCUUCUGCUGGAUCACUGCUACAGUUCUGGAGGAUGUGUUGAAAACCAGAGGGGGAGGAGGGCUGCCCAAGACCCUGACUGAGAUGUACAUCCACUUCCUGGUGGUUCAGUCCAAACUGAAGAAUGUUAAGUAUGAUGGAGGAGCUGAGACAGAUCCACACUGGAGUCCAGAGACCAGGAAGAUGAUUGAGUCUCUGGGAAAACUGGCUUUUGAGCAGCUGCAGAAAGGAAACCUGAUCUUCUAUGAAUCAGACCUGACAGAGUGUGGCAUCGAUAUCAGAGCAGCCUCAGUGUACUCAGGAGUGUUCACACAGGUCUUUAAAGAGGAGAGAGGACUGUACCAGGACAAGGUGUUCUGCUUCGUCCAUCUGAGUCUUCAGGAGUUUCUGGCUGCUCUUCAUGUCCAUCUGACCUUCAUCAACUCUGGAGUCAAUCUGCUGUCAGAAGAACAAUCAACUUCCCUGUGGUCUAAACUGUUCAGAUACAAACCUGAUCCAACACAGCUCUACCAGAGGGCUGUGGACAAGGCCUUACAGAGUCCAAAUGGACACCUGGACUUGUUCCUCCGCUUCCUCCUGGGUCUUUCACUGCAGACCAAUCAGACUCUCCUACGAGGUCUGCUGACACAGACAGGAAGUGGCUCACAGACCAAUCAGCAAACAGUCCAGUACAUCAAGAAGAAGAUUGAAGAGACUCCCUCUGCAGAGCAAAGCAUCAACCUGUUCCACUGUCUGAAUGAACUGAAUGAUCGUUCUCUAGUGGAGCAGAUCCAACAGUCCCUGAGUUCAGGACGUCUCUCCACAGAUAAACUGUCUCCUGCUCAAUGGUCAGCUCUGGUCUUCAUCUUACUGUCAUCAGAAAAAGAUCUGGACGUGUUUGACCUGAAGAAAUACUCUGCUUCAGAGGAGGCUCUUCUGAAGCUGCUGCCAGUUGUCAAAGCCUCUAACAAAGCUCUGUAA